AUGGCCUCUGUGCAGAACAAAAAGGGUGAACAUGUUUGUGGAGGAUUUCUCAUGACUGAGGACUUUGUAGUGUCGGCUGCACACUGUGAUGGCUCCCUCACACACGUCGUUCUCGGCAACCACAAUCUCAAGAAAGGCAGUCAUCAAAAAAUAAAGAUUGAAAACAAAACCAUCCAUGAAAAUUAUCAACAGGUUGGACUGGGUAAUGACAUCAUGCUGAUUAAACUGUCUGAGAAAGUUAAACUGGGCCAUGGCGUAGAAAAAAUUAAGCUUCCACAGGCUGAAAUAAACCUAAAAGAAAACCAAGUGUGUCAGGUGGCUGGAUGGGGAACAACUAAAACUCACGGUAAACCUGUUGAUGAGCUGAGGGUGGUGGACGUGUCUGUCAUUCAACGAAAGGUCUGUGAGCCCCAGUGGCCUGGUCUUCCUGCCAAUGUUAUCUGUGCAGGUGGAUAUGAGACAGACAAAGGAUUCUGUCAGGGAGAUUCUGGUGGUCCUCUGGUGUGCGACGGGUUGGCUGUUGGCAUUGUUUCUUUCAACUAUAAAGAAAACUGCAGUUACCCCAAUAAACCCAACAUCUAUACAGACAUCUCAAAAUACCUUCAGUGGAUCAACAGGAUUGUGAAAUCCAGAAAAUAUGAGGAGUAA